AUGGAUCUGAGAGAGAAAGAAUGGGCAUUAGGAAAAAAAGCAGUUGCCGGGCAAGUGAUGCUGGAUUCUAAUCUCCAAUCCAGCUCCUUCCAUGGCUGCAGGCAUCCUUGUCACUGGUGUGUGCGAGUGGCUGUACUCCAGCUGCGAAAUAAGGCCCAGCUGCAAGCACAGCCCCUGCGAACCACUUCACUCUGCGCAAAUAAUGAUCGGCCUGAUUCACGGUGCACUGGCGAAUCUCUGGUUGCGUUCUUCAUCAACUCAGGGUCCUGCAGUGUAAUACAGAAGCCUCACACAACGUGUAAGAUUAUUGCAGCAAUUGUAAUGAACAGCAUAAGUGUUGGCGUGACUGUAGUUGGGAUAGUUUUAAUAUGCCAACAGAUUUCAGUUUUUGAAUCAGAAGCAACUACAUACACUUGGCAGAACAUGGUUGGUAUGAUGCUUUUACAAUAUUUACUCUUCUCCACCGUCUCGGAACUGAUCAUUGCGAUCAUAAUUGUCCACUGGUUUAAAGUAGCAUUACGUCAGGAAGAACCCACUGAAGAAAGCUCCUUGGAAUCUUCCUUCCCUGAAACUUCAGCACCGUUACCCUUGGAAGUCCCACCAUCAGAAUCCAACCCUCCAUAAUUUGCAAAGAGCCAGUGUGACUCCAGUCAAGAAUGAAAGAAAAAUUGU